AUGCCAGUUCCACCACAAGCCCAAAAGGUGUUGGACGACAUUGACAAGCAGCUCCAUGAGCCAAGCACUGUCACCAAUGUGUUGGCUACAGUCGAGGCUAAGACCGGCUUGAAACGUCUUCAUAUUGUGCUCGGUGUCGUUGGUCUUCAAGCCAUCUACCUCAUUUUCGGACAUUCCGCUCAGCUCGUUUGCAACGUCAUGGGAUUCGUCUAUCCAGCAUACAUGAGCAUCAAGGCUAUCGAGUCAAGUAACAAGGAAGAUGACACUCAAUGGUUGACUUACUGGGUUGUGUUCGCCAUCCUCUCAGUUGUCGAGUUCUUCUCCGUUCAAAUCGUUGCUGUUUUUCCAGUCUACUGGCUCUUCAAGUCGCUUUUCCUCCUCUACCUUUACCUUCCAACCUUCCUCGGAGCCACCAAGCUUUACCACAGAUUCGUCAAGCCUGUCGUCGCCAGACACAAUCACGGAUCUAUCGACGCUAAGAUCGGAAACUUCGCUGAUAGAGUCAACAGUGCCGCCGGAAAGCUUGCAAGCGAUGUUCGCGACCAUUUGGAGUGA